AUGUUUGGUAAAUUUUUAUUUAGAAUAAAUUUUUACCGUAAAUUAUUCACAUUUUAAGCCUGGGUAUUUACUAUAAUUUUAUAAAAUCCAUUGCAUGCUAUCUCUCAGUAAUAUUUCUAUAUAAAAACCUUCACAAAAGCUUUUACAAUGAAGAAGGGAAUAGCAUUUGGAAAAAUCAAUUUUAACGUAAGUAAAUCAUCUGAAAAUGAAAAAAAUGAGGUAGUAACGGGUUUCGGUAAGUUUGGUCGAACUCCUAUACAAGAACAGAAAGAGAUCGAAGAAAUAGCAGACGAUUUAGAGAGUCAACAUGUACAAGAGGUAAUGGGCAUAAAAAACUUCGGAAAGAAAGCGAAAAACUUCAACAUAAAUGAAUUGAUGGAGCAAGCAAAAAAAACGGCACAGGAGCUCCAAAAGAAUAAAAAAGAACAAGAAACCAGCGAAGACAAAUCACAAGAUAACACCCACACUGUUACCGAACCCACUUCAUCUCAAUCUGUUGAAGAAGAGGAAGAUGACGAUGAUUUAAUAGGACCACCGAUUCCGCCAAACUUACACGAUAAACCUGAUACUAAUACAAAAAAAGAGACAAAAGAUGAUAAAACAGAACAGAAGGAUGAAGACAGUUAUGAUGAACUCAGUGAUUCUGAUGACGAGGAGUUGAGUUUGGAGAAGAGAAUUCCUAAUUCACACGAGGUUGAAAUGCAUCAUGGAACCAAAGCUGUUGUUGCUUUAGCAGUUGAUCCAUCCGGCGCUCGUUUGGCAACAGGCUCUAUUGACUAUGAAGUAUCAUUUUGGGAUUUUGCAGGCAUGGAUACAUCUAUGAGGUCAUUCCGCACUCUGCAGCCAUGUGAGAAUCAUCCUAUUAAAGCACUUCAGUACUCAGCAACGGGAGACUCCAUUUUGGUUGUGAGCGGGUCGGCUCAGGCCAAGGUGUUGGACAGAGAUGGAUUUGAAGUACUGGAGUGUGUGAAGGGAGACCAGUAUAUUACUGAUAUGGCAAGAACUAAAGGCCACACUGCUGCACUGAACAGUGGUUGCUGGCAUCCACAUAUUAGGGAAGAAUUCCUCACUUGCUCUCAAGAUGGAACCCUAAGAAUUUGGCUAACUGAGAACCCCAAACAACACAAAGCUGUAAUAAAACCCAGACAAAAGGGUGGUCUGAAGACUAAUCCCACGUCAUGUGCAUUCUCCAGGGAUGGAAACACUGUUGCUUGUGGGUGCUAUGAUGGGUCAAUACAAAUGUGGGAUCACAGAAAGAAUUAUGUUAACACAAGUUGCCUGCUACGAGAUGCUCAUCAAAAUCAGGCUGAAAUGACAAGUAUAGCCUUUUCCUACCUUGGUUCAUACUUUGCGAGUCGCUCCAAUGAUGAAACUUUAAAGUUGUGGGACCUAAGAAAUUUCAAGAAACCUCUCAAUGUUUUUGACAAUCUUUUCUCUAGAUAUGAGCAGACAGAUUGUAAUUUUAGUCCAGAUGACGCCAUGGUGUUUACUGGUGAAUCAUUGCAAAGGAAUCAGAAGGAGGGUAGACUGAUAUUCUACAACACAAAAACAUUUGAGGAGGCAGCCCAUAUAAAUGUAACCAAAUCUCAUGUCAUAAAGGCCAUCUGGCAUGCAAAACUAAACCAGAUGUUUGUAGGUUGCGGCAAUGGGGUUGUCAAAUGUUACUACAAUAACAAGAGAAGUCUUCGAGGCGCUAAGUUGUGCAUAGUCAAAACGCAUCGCAAGAAGCAGUCAAUGGAAGUGGUGAGCUCUCAACAGAUCAUAACACCCCAUGCCCUCCCAUUGUUCAGGCAAGAGAAGCUUAGAACGAGUAAAAAGAAAAUGGAAAAGGAUAGACUUGACCCAUUAAAAUCUAGAAGACCAGAUCUGCCUAUAACGUCUGGGCAAGGAGGUAGAGUUGCAGCCUCGGGCAGCACACUCAGUUCAUUUGUUAUAAGAAAUUUAGGUCUAAGCAAAAGGGUCAACGAUGAACAAGAUCCUAGAGAGGCCAUUUUGAAAUAUGCAAAGGAGGCUGAGGAAAAUCCGUUUUGGGUGGCUCCUGCUUAUAAAAAAACUCAACCUAUGCCAAUUUUUCAAGACAAUGAAGAAGGUCCUACUGAUGCUAAGAAACAAAAGACAACCGAAAAUUAAAAUUAUGUAAAAAUAAGAAUAAUGGGGAACUGUGGUUGGAGUGUGGUCUAUUGACUAUUCUACAUGGAGGUCUUUAAAAUAAACACAAAAAAAAAAUAUCGCAUCUUCCCUAUUUAACUAUAGUGUAAAUAGCUAAUAAAUUAAAUGCA